CGAAGGUAGUUUGGAUGUGGCUUGAGUCCGUGACAUGCAAUUAGGUUAUGUCUACAUCAACCAUUGAUACACGCUUUCAAAAUCUGGCGAUGACUCCAUGCUGUUCGCUUCUAUGACAUUGAAUAGAAUAGAACAGAAAACUCACAGAUGUCUGACGUGUGAGAGUGUUGUUACUGGAAUAAUUCUGAACUGCCCAAGAUAGAAGAAAUGUGUCUACACGUCACUUCCGUCAUAUUUCGCUACCUCGUGGGCCUGAUUUUAUUGGGCCAUGUGAUUUGCACCUCCAACUUGACGUCAACAGACACGCAGCUCUACAAGCUUUGUGUGGGCAAGAAGCACAGACUGAAUGGGACGACAAGAAAUCCCCGAUUUCCUGCUUCUUCCAGCAACAAAGAAAAUGAAGAGACAAGCAGCUCCUCAGAAGUCACAACAGCUUCAUCUCCAAAGAUAAUUUUACAUUCAUCAUGGUCUAGCUGGUCGAAAUGUAUACAUUCCCGCAGACAUCAUCGCCAAAGACCUUAUAGGUGUGGGAAUACUGUCCGUAAGAAGCAACAAUCUUGUCAUCCAAGGAGAAGAGAUCGAAGAAUACGCUGUCAAUACCAACAUCAGAGACGAAGAAAGCACAAGCGGAAGAGAGGAGAAAUCUUUCAUGUAGUUCAUAUAUCAACAUCUAGGUUACCUCAAAACAAACGCCCUCCAAGAAAAUACCAACACGCAUUAUCACUGCAAUCAUUAGCAUGCAGCCACCAUGUACCAUGGUCAUCAAUACAUCGUAAACAUGAGUCUGAGCAAUCACAGCACAGUUCUGACAUCACAUCCAGAGGAUUGCCUACACACUUAAUGCUCAAUAGUAAAUGGUAUGGUAGGUGGAGCAGAUGGUCCCCAUGCUCCAUCUCAUGCACUACACAGAGGUACAGAUGGUGUAAACGACCUAUCUUCUGUGGAAAUGAAUAUAUACAGGAGGUAGCAUACUGUUACAUAGAAGGUAGCUUCUGCCAAAGAUGGAUCUACAGACAGAUUCAACAGCAGACUGAUGAAGAAAAUGAAGCUGGUGUUGACAGUGAGUAUGAUAAUGGUGUCUGGAGCCAAGAAAACAACAGAGUAGGGGUUGAUGAUAGUGCAGGAGCCUUGAAGUCACCCCGCCAGUUGCACUGUGGGAUCGCAAAUCACACCAUAACCUGGCCCUUGCUUAGGAUUAUUGGUGGACGUCCAGCGCAGAAGGGACGAUGGCCAUGGCAGGUGGCUGUCCUCAACAGGUUCAAGGAGGCAUUCUGUGGAGGCACCUUGAUUGAUCCACAUUGGGUCUUAACAGCAGCCCACUGUGUGAGGAAGCGGCUGUAUGUAAGGUUAGGAGAACACGACCUGGAUGAAAAUGAGGGAACUGAACUGGAGUUUCGGCUGCAGGUAGAGCAGGCGGUGACACACCCAGGGUAUGAUGCUGAUACAGUGGAUAAUGACGUGGCACUGCUCCGGCUGCCAAUGGAGGUGCAUCCAGACAAGUACCAAGCCUUUGCCUGCUUGCCUCGCCAUGAACAAGAGCUGCCCCCUGCUCAUCAGAUGUGCACUAUUUUAGGAUGGGGCAAGAAACGAAGCUCUGAUGCAUUUGGAACAGACAUCCUACAUGAAGCCAUGGUAUUCCUCUUUGCAUUUCACAGGCCAUUGCCAUUAUCAACUACACAUUCCUUAUUCAUAUUUCAGAUGGCUGUGAGAAGAAUAUUUUAUUUUGGGGUAAUAUUUCCAAGUUGGUAGCUAGAAUUAGUUUUCUGCUUUCUUCACAUCUUAAAAUCAUCUACAGAAUUCUUAGCGUACUAAGAAUGUCACUGUACUUAUCAGCUGUACUAAAACUCACGUUAAAGGAAGAAGAUAGAUUGACGAUGUUUGGGAACAAAAUGCUCAUGAGAUUACAGGGACCAAAGGAGGGGCAGGAGAAUUGAAAGAACUACACAAUGAAGAGCUGCACAAUUUGUAUUCUUCACCAAAUAUUGUAAGGGUGAUCAAAUCAAGGGACAUGUAUUACACUUGGAAGUGCCAAGAAAUAUAAACAUUUCAUUCAUAAAUCUUGAAGAAAAAACCCAAUUUAGGCAUAGGUGGCAGGAUAAUAUAAAAAUUUAUCUUGAUUAAAUAUGAAAGUGUGGAAUGUAUGUAAUUUAUAUGGGUCAGGAUAGGGACUAGUGACGACCUUUUGUGAAAAUGGUAAUGAACAUUCAGGUUUCAAAGGUGGGGAAUGUUUUGACUAGCUAAAUGGCUGUUUUCUUCCCAUAAUGAGCUUCAUUGUUACACAGUAAAAAAGAUCAUGUAUUUAACAAUAUUAAUGUUAUUUUCCACUGUGUUAUAUCAUCUCAUGUAAGUCUCCAACAGUGCUAUUCUUUCCAGUUAUUCACAUCAAAAUGCGAAGAAUUCUUUCCAGGAAUGUGUAGUUCUUCAAACCAAAAUAUAUUCCAAGUCACACUUUCCUAGCUUCUUCGGUAUUCUUUUCAGCUUCAAGUUCAGUCAGCAGCUGCAUAAUCAAACAGUCCCAUGUUGUUAUGGUUGUUAGGGUGACUUAAUAGGUUGCGAAACUAUACCAGAUUCAUAUCUCUUGAUGUUUUGCGAGAACCAGUAGGGAGUUGCCAUGGCUUUGCCGACAUGUUGUUCUGUGUAUAUCUGUGUAGCAGCAGCAGCUUUAGGAAACUGAUAUCAGAACAGACUACAUAGGCACCAAACUAACUUACUCCAUAAUACAACACAAACUCUGUGGCCUGUAAUCUACAAGCAAACUAUACCGACAGAGUGACCACUGUUUGUCGGCG